UGUCGAGCCCGAAGUCCUUCGAGUAGAAAAUAAACGUGCCCGCCUCUAUACCUACAUCCAAUUACAAUCGUGGGGCGGGGUGUUAACUACCUAUGACGUAGCAUCCGGCGCGACGACGAACACAGUAACAACAACAAUGGCGGCGUGCGUGGAAGAGCAUGGAUUCAGCUUCGAUUCGGCAGUUUCGAGAGUGUUAUCUAAACUACCACACAUUAAAUCUUUAAAAGAGGAGCAGAAAACGGCUUUGAAGGAAUUUGUUGGUGGGAAGGACAUUCUCGCCCUCCUUCCGACCGGGUAUGGAAAGAGUUUAAUCUACCAAAUUGCCCCGCUGGUAGUACAGGAGAUGGGACGACAACAGGAGCCCAUUAUUGCAGUGGUGUCUCCUCUCAUUGCUCUGAUUCAAGAUCAAAUCCGCGAGGCAGAACGUUUGGGAGUUUCGGCUGCGCAGCUCGGAGGAGAGAACGACAGCGAUAUCCUGAACGGACAUUUUCAACUUGUAUUCGGCAGCCCCGAGUCCUGGUUGAAAGAGAAAUGGCUGACCAUGUUGGGCUCAACAGUUUACCGGACGAACCUAGUCGGGAUUGUGGUCGACGAGGUCCAUGUCACCUAUAAAUGGUAAGUGAUCUUUUCAUCUUUUAAUUCCUACUUAAUUGUAUUUUAAGUAUGUGAAACCAUGGGCUUAAUUUUAGGGGGGAUGGUGGGGACAUGUCCAUACCACUUUUGAGGUAAACCUAGCUUGUCCCCACCACUUUUUCACAAAUACAAUGCGAAAACAGCAUACCCUGACAAUUUGCCAUUGAAAUGUCCCCACCACUUUUCGCG